UUAUUAAUAAUAAUAAAUAAAGUGAAGUUGCUACAGACGAAAUUUGACUGUAAUCACUAUAAAACACCCAUACUGCCUUGGCAACGGCAUCAGUUUCCGUUUCGACAUCACAGCGUAUAGCGCAUUACUUGGCUUAUUUUUGUUAUUUCAUAUCAAGACUCACAAAUUCAAAAUCCAAUCAAAUGGCUUUCAAAUUCAUUGUAUUCUCAGCACUUUUGGCCGCCGCCAGCGCUGGAGUUCUACAUCAUCCCGUUACGUACGCUCAUAUCGCCAAUCCUGCCGUAGAUGCUGUCGCUUCUACACACCAAAAUGUUGUGCGCUCCUUUGACGGUACCGUCUCGCAAUAUUCGAAGAACAUUCAGACGCCUUACUCCAGCGUGCACAAGUCGGAUACACGUGUCAGCAAUAAUGUCUAUACGCCAGCUGUGGCUAAGACACUAACCUAUGCUGCUCCAGCUGUGACCAAGACUUAUGCCAGUGCACCUUCGCACACCGUUUAUGAGCAUCAUGAGACUACACCGGCCGUGUAUGAACAUCAGGAAUCUUUGCCAACCGCUGCUGUUUAUACUCAUGCCGCUCCAGCUGUCGCAAAGACUGUCACAUAUGCCGCACCAGCUGUUGCCGCCAAGACCAUCAGCUAUGCUGCACCAGCACAUCAACUGUAUCACCAUGAAGCACCAGUGACCAAGACCAUUAGUUAUGCUGCGCCCGCGCCGGCUCCGGUAUACCAACAUGAAGUUCCUAUCGCCACCACAACCUAUAACCAUGGACCCGCUGCUUCGACUUAUACUCACAACUCACCUUCUGUUGCUGCUUAUGGUUCCAGCCAGACUGUGCACUAUUCACCCGCUGAGAUGGUAUCACACAUGAGCUUCGAUGGUUUCGGCACACACUGGGGAUUCUAAAGAGCUGAUUAAGUGGAAUUUUUUUUCUUGGUAAGACUGUGUUCUUGACGAAAACGAAACUGUUCAGCGAUUUGGAGCUUAAUUUGUUAUUUUUUUAAGUCUUG